GCCGCAGAAAAAGAAAGCGACGCAGGAAGGAAGCAAAGUUGAAAGCUUUGUGAAUAAAGACAGCGAUAGUUUGACAUGUUGUGAAUAUAUCGAGCCGCUUUGUUUGUUCUUGUUAUGUUAAACACAAUAUCUGUGGCUGUGAGUGACUGCAGUUUAUGGAGAUCGAGUACACGGGCUGCUGUCUUCCGUUAGCUGCUUAGCCUCCUUAGCUCGCCCGUUAGCCUCUCCACAUCAAAACAAGACGCCGAACAAGAUGAACGUGGUGAAAAACACGAGUUUACUCCCGAACCUGCGCGACGAGGAGACGGUGCUGGUGGAAAACGCGAUCCGACUCGCGAUAGACUCGAUAAUAAACGUGCUGUGCGGCGUGAACAGCGCCAGGACUCGGGAGUACCAGCAGAUGGUGGCGGACCGGGACGAAGAGAUCCAGCGGCUCGAGAGCGGUCUGAAGAGGAUCGAGCACGAGCUGCACUUGCUCCGCAGACAGGGGUGCACCUGCGAGCUGUUCACUGACGAGCACGGCCUGGAGCACGGCCUGGAGCACGGCCUGGACCCAGGCUCCUCACAGGCUGACCAACACCUGCAGGCGGCACAGGAGCAGAGCGGCUUCGAACCCGGAUGCAUGGACGCUGAGGUGAUCGCAGGGCAGCAGGAGUGUGAGAUGAGCAUUUCGUUAGGACUUUUUGCCGGACCCCCCUCGCACGCUUCUUCCGAAAGCCACGACUCGGCUCCUCCGUCGUUCCCCGGCAGAAUGUGCCUGGAGCAGGCCUGCGCCUCCCAGUCGUCCUCAGAGACGUCGGGUGUGUCCGAGCAAGCGAGACGGCACCUACCGCCGUCCCCCAGCAGCCUCGUGGUCAAAGAGGAACCGUGUGACGUCGACGCGGUCCUGAUCAAGUGGGAAAUGAGUGAGGAGAGUUUCAGGGAGCACCAGGAGAGCACAGGCAGCCUGUUUCAGGAAGAAGAAGAAGAAGAAGAAGAGGAAGAGGAAGAAAGCCUCACCGUCAAAAAUAAACACGAUAACGCAGAGUUUCGGGGGAAACUGCCAGUCCACCCAGAUAGACACCAAAUCACAGAGGGACAACACUUAAGGAACAAGAAGAAAAGCGUCCCGAUGUCUGAUCUGCCAGAGGAGGCUCAGAGACUGAAGAGGGCGGCGUGGAGAGCAGCAUCCAGGCGCUACUACGCCCGCAAAGUAGCCCGGCAGCAGGUGAACCCCUCCCAUUCCGCCACCUUCCCUCACAUGCCGGCGUUGCAGUAUCCGCAGCCUCUCUCUUUUGUGGAUAAGAGGAGGACGCUGAUAUCUCACUUACCUGAAGAGUCCCAGAUAAUGCAGAGGGAGGCGUGGAGGGCAGCGUCCAGGAGGUACUACGCAAGAAAAAUGUCUCGCCACCAGGCUGAGCCUGCGCAGUACGGACACCUGCUCCAGAACACAGAGCCAUCUGGAGAAUCACAGGAAUCUGAGCGAGGAUCCCGAAGCAACACUGAAGGAAUAAUGUGCAGAUGAUAGAUGGGUUUCAUGUUUGGAGACAAAACUUAAAGGGUUACUUCAGGGGUGUUUUUGAAUUGUGGUUAUAUGAGGUAAUGACACAUGAACUGUCUCCAUCGAGUGUCUGGAUUUGUCUUCCAGAUGCUGUCAAAGCGAAUGGAUGUGCAACCUCACAUCAAUGAAAAACGACAUUGCAUCGUGUGAAAGUAGUUAACAGUUUAUUCCUUUUAUCCACAAAGUAAACACCAGAAUAUAAAGUCACAAACAUAUUAUACUAUUUCCCUGUUCUGUGGUCAAAGGGAUUAAGGGUUUCUCCUUAAGGCCUCUCACUGAAAACAUGGCUGUUUUAGCCACAAACAAAAGGCUCAGCUAAUAAAAUAUACACCUGUUUAACUAUUAUGAUGUUUUAAAAGUACGUUUGCCAUUAAUAUCUCUCUGUUGGACUUUUCCUACUACAAACUGAAGAUGUCGCUUUGUAAACGCUCCCAACACCAAAGUGUACAGACAAAGUCAGUGGUUUUAUUUAAUGGCACGCUGGUGUUUCCAUCGGUAUGUUCAUGUGUGACUUCUGUGUCCUUCAGUGACACAAACUGACCACACGAGGCAGCAGUAGACCAGCAGCUCCUGUGUUCCCACAAGCUAAAAACACUGAUUUUCUUUCUCUAUGAACUUUGGUGCAGGAGAGUGAGAGCGGUGACACAAAGUGACACAAAGUGACUUCAGCAGGUGCAACAAAGUUUCCAUGUUGUGUGAUUCAGUGUAUUUAUGCUGCAGGUUGCUCUUAAUGUGUUGUUGCCAGUUUGUGAGACAAACUUCCAUCUGCAAAUAUUGUGUGUAAACAGUGUUUGACGACGCAUUAAACAGAGAAACCGGUUUGCUGCUGUUUGCUGUCAUUAAGAAACACACAACGUGGAGUCAGUUACAGCAAAGUGUAACUUUCAUUAAAUGAUUUCAAUAAUACAGGCCAACUGUCCAGGGUGUGGAUUUCAAUCAUGUUUUCCCUCCUGUCGUCACUAGCAGUAACAUCACAAAGACAGAGAGCCUGAGGGCGUCAUUACCUCGUACAACCACACAAAUAAACCUGUACUAUCACUUUGAUACUUGAACACUGGGGUACCUGAUGGAUUUGUAUUGAUAAUGUUGAUUUGUCUAGAGUGUUAAGAUCCAAAUGUGUUUUUUAAGUUAAAUUUUAAUAAUUCUUAGUUGAAUUAUGUGAUGAAUAUUCCCCCAACAGUCACGGUUUCAAAAUUCUUCAGCGAUAAAUAUUUAAUAUAUAAAUAGUUUUGUACUACAUUGCAGUGGCCCUGGACUCCAAUAUUUCUAAUGACAAUUAACUCCAGUGGUCAUAGAAUUACAGUAUAAGCUUCUCUAUCUUUAAAGGUGAAGGGUGUACUGGCGUUUUCUUUUCAUCGUUUUAUUCAAAGCACGUUAAAUAAUAAAACACUUUCAACACA